CAGUGUUUUGGUAACGGCAAGGAAGGACCUGUCAUUUUCCCUGGUCCAGCUAAUUUCUAAUCUAAUCAGCUGUUUCCCGGCAAAAACAGCACUAAUUUAACAACAAAUGUAACUGUUUGGACACAGAGACAAAAUGGGAUUCACACGGAGUCGCUUUCUUGGCGGUAAGCCGUCGAAAGCGCCGCUGCUGCUGCCUUUUCUGCUCACAGUCCUGCUCGUCGGGAGCCAAGGCGACGGCGGUGCGAUGGACAACGGCGCAACUGAGAGGAUAGCAGAGGAAAGCCACCGACAGGACAGUGCCUACCUACUGAUAUUCAUAAUGCUCUUGACGCUCACCAUACUAACCAUAUGGCUUUUCAAACACCGCCGAUUCAGGUUCCUGCACGAAACAGGGCUUGCCAUGAUCUAUGGACUGUUGGUGGGUGUGAUCCUGCGGUUUGGCAUCCACGCCCCCCAAAGCAUGAGCGACGUGAUUCUCGGCUGUGCCGUUAACGGCAGUCCUGCCACUCUCUUGGUCAAUGUCAGCGGACGGUUCUAUGAGUACACUCUGAAGGGGGAAGUCGGACAGGGCAAAGGUCACCAAGUGCAGGACGAUGAGAUGCUGAGAAAGGUGACCUUUGACCCAGAGGUGUUUUUCAACAUUUUGCUGCCUCCCAUUAUUUUCCAUGCGGGUUACAGUCUGAAAAGGAGACACUUUUUCAGGAACAUCGGUUCCAUCCUCGCCUAUGCUUUCAUCGGAACAGUUAUAUCCUGCUUUGUUAUCGGGCUGAUCAUGUAUGGCUUUGUGUCCUUCAUGAAAGUCGUGGGGCAGCUUGGUGGAGAUUUUUACUUUACUGAUUGCCUCUUCUUUGGGGCCAUCGUUUCAGCAACAGACCCUGUGACAGUCCUCGCCAUCUUCAAUGAGCUAAAGGUAGACGUGGACCUCUACGCUUUACUGUUUGGGGAGAGCGUCCUCAACGAUGCCGUCGCCAUCGUCCUCUCCUCCUCCAUUGUGGCGUACCAGCCUGCAGGCGACAACAGCCACAGCUUUGAGGCCAUGGCCAUGUUGAAGUCCUUCGGCGUCUUUCUGGGCGUCUUCAGCGGCUCUUUUGCUCUCGGAGUUGUUACAGGAGUUGUGACCGCACUCGUCACCAAGUUCACUAAGCUGCGGGACUUCCCCUUGUUGGAGACGGCGCUCUUUUUCCUGAUGUCCUGGAGCACCUUUCUCUUGGCGGAGGCCUGCGGGUUCACAGGUGUCGUUGCUGUGCUGUUCUGUGGGAUCACUCAGGCCCACUACACCUACAACAAUCUCUCACCAGACUCUCAAGACAGGACCAAACAGUUGUUUGAGCUGCUGAACUUCCUGGCAGAGAACUUCAUCUUCUCCUACAUGGGUCUGACGCUCUUCUCCUUCCAGUCGCACGUCUUCAACCCUCUCUUCAUUGUCGGAGCCUUCGUGGCAGUGUUUCUGGGCAGGGCGGCAAACAUCUACCCUCUGUCCUUCCUCCUCAACCUGGGCCGCAAGAACAAGAUCGGAUACAACUUUCAGCACGUUAUGAUGUUUGCAGGUCUGCGUGGGGCGAUGACCUUUGCACUUUCCAUUCGAGACACAGCAACUUACGCCCGUCAGAUGAUGUUUUCAACCACGCUCCUGAUCGUUUUCUUCACUGUGUGGAUCUGCGGUGGCGGCACCACACCCAUGCUAUCUUUCAUGAGCAUACCGGUGGGUGUGGACUCUGAUCAAGACAACGCUAAUUCAGCCGCGUUGGAUGGGUCACAGCGGAGGAGCACCAAACACGAGAGCGCCUGGCCUUUUAGGAUAUGGUACAACUUUGACCACAACUACCUGAAACCCCUCCUGACCCACAGCGGUCCGCCUCUCACUGCUACUCUGCCUGCAUGCUGUGGACCACUGGCUCGAUGCCUCACCAGCCCACAGGCCUAUGAGAAUGAAGGUCAGCUCCAUGACGACGACUCUGACUUCAUCCUGAACGAUGCCAGCGUGAGCUCCAUGUACGCCGACGUCACCGUCAGCACGGACGCGUCCGGAUCCCGCACCGUCAACCCCAAGUACUCCUCGACCACCCGCGCCGGGGGUGGUGUAGGUUCUUUCGAUGAAGGUCUGGAUCACGAGCUCUCCGUGGCAGAACACGAAGUGGCGAUCCGGGGAACGCGGCUGGUCUUGCCCAUGGAUGACCCCGUGGAGACCCCGACUACCGUCACCCUGCCUCCACCACCCUCCCCCCCGCGCUCUGAACCUCACAGGCACAGACUGUAAGAAAGCUGCCGCUCUGAGGACGCAGUUUGUUGUUUCCAACUUAAAAAAAAAAAAAAAAUACACACCAUA